CCCAAAGACCCUGUGUGGACAGUAAUGACCGCACGUUUCCGAUUGCCUGCUGGCAGAACCUACAAUGUACGAGCAUCUGAGCUGGCACGAGACAGGCAGCAUACGGAGGUGGUCUGCAACAUUCUUCUCCUGGAUAACACUGUACAAGUUUUCAGAGUUAAUAAACAUGAUCAGGGACAAGUUCUGUUGGAUGUAGUCUUCAAGCAUCUCGAUUUGACAGAGAGAGAUUACUUUGGUUUACAGUUGGCUGAUGAAUCUACUGAUAACCCUAGGUGGCUGGAUCCAAACAAACCUAUCAGGAAACAAUUAAAAAGAGGAUCUCCUCACAGUUUGAACUUCAGAGUUAAGUUUUUUGUAAGUGACCCAAACAAGCUCCAAGAAGAAUAUACAAGGUACCAGUAUUUUUUGCAAAUUAAACAGGACAUUCUUACUGGAAGAUUGCCCUGUCCUUAUAAUACUGCUACUCUUCUGGCUUCCUAUGCUGUUCAAUCCGAGCUGGGAGACUACAACCAUUCAGAAAACUUGCCAGGCUACCUCUCAGACUAUUCUUUCAUCCCUAGCCAGCCUCAAGACUUUGAAAAAGAAAUAGCAAAAUUACAUCAGCAGCACAUUGGGUUGUCUCCUGCAGAAGCAGAGUUCAGUUAUCUCAAUACAGCACGUACCUUAGAACUUUAUGGAGUUGAAUUGCACUAUGCAAGGGAUCAGAGUAACAAUGAAAUAAUGAUUGGAGUGAUGUCAGGUGGAAUACUAAUUUUUAAGAACAAAGUACGAAUUAACACCUUUCAGUGGUUGAAGAUUGUAAAAAUUUCUUUUAAGUGCAAACAGUUUUUUAUUCAACUUAGGAAAGAAUUGCAUGAAUCUAGAGAAACAUUAUUGGGAUUCAAUAUGGUGAAUUACCGAGCAUGUAAGAAUUUGUGGAAAGCUUGUGUUGAACAUCACACGUUCUUCCGUUUGGACAGACCGCUCCCCCCUCAGAAGAACUUUUUUGCACAUUAUUUCACUUUGGGUUCAAAGUUCCGGUACUGUGGGAGAACAGAGGUCCAGUCUGUACAGUAUGGUAAAGAAAGAGCAAACAAAGACAGGGUAUUUGCAAGAUCCCCCAGUAAACCCUUGGCACGGAAAUUAAUGAGUGGGAUGGACUGGGAAGUAGUGAGUAGGAACUCACUGUCUGAUGAUAGGUUGGAAACACAGAGCCUACCAUCAAGGUCUCCACCUGGAACCCCCAAUCAUCGCAACUCUGCCUUCACUCAAGAGGGAGCCCGGUUACGACCUUCAUCAGUUGGACAUUUAGUGGACCACAUAGUUCACACUUCCCCAAGUGAAGUAUUUGUAAAUCACAGGUCUCCAUCUUCCACCCAGGCUAAUAGCAUCAUACUGGAAUCAUCACCAUCUCAAGAGACUCCUAUAGAUGGGCAGCCUCCUGCGUUACCACCCAAACAAUUUAAAAAGAACAGUUGGAACCAAAUUCAUCAUUCACACUCACAGCAAGAACUCGAUAACCACAUUAAUGAAACAUUUGAUGUUCCUGCAUCACCUGAAAAAUCCACACCCAAUGGUGGUGUCCCCCAUGACAAUCUUGUUAUGAUCAGAAUGAAACCAGAUGAAAAUGGAAGGUUUGGCUUCAAUGUAAAGGGUGGAUAUGAUCAGAAGAUGCCGGUAAUAGUGUCCAGAGUAGCUCCAGGAACACCUGCUGAUCUCUGUGUCCCUCGUUUGAAUGAAGGGGACCAGGUUGUACUGAUUAACGGCAGGGAUAUAGCAGAACAUACCCAUGAUCAAGUUGUUAUGUUUAUUAAAGCUAGCUGUGAGAGACACUCAGGGGAACUUGUGCUCCUAGUUCGACCCAAUGCUGUCUAUGAUGUUGUGGAAGAGAAGCUGGAGAGCGAGCCUGACUUCCAAUACAUCCCUGAGAAAUCUCCAUUUGAUGGUGUCCAUCAGGAUGAUAAUGCUCUGAGGGAAUCCAUGAUUCAGCUAGCAGAGGGGCUUAUCACUGGAACUGUUUUGGCUCAGUUUGAUCAAUUGUAUAGGAAAAAGCCUGGAAUGACAAUGUCUUGUGCCAGAUUACCUCAAAACAUUUCCAAAAAUAGAUACAGAGACAUUUCGCCUUAUGAUGCUACACGGGUUAUUUUAAAAAGUAAUGAAGAUUACAUCAAUGCAAAUUAUAUAAAUAUGGAAAUCCCUUCUUCCACAAUAAUAAACCAGUAUAUUGCUUGUCAAGGUCCAUUACCGAACACUUGUCCUGAUUUUUGGCAGAUGACUUGGGAACAAGGCUCAUCUAUGGUUGUAAUGUUAACGACUCAAGUUGAACGGGGCAGAGUUAAAUGCCAUCAGUACUGGCCAGAGCCAUCAGGAAGCUCAUCAUAUGGGAAUUUCCAGAUUACCUGCCAUUCAGAAGAAGGAAAUCCUGCUUAUGUCUUUCGAGAAAUGACAUUGACUAAUCUGGAGAAAGAAGAAAGCCGCCAACUAACCCAAAUCCAGUAUAUAGCGUGGCCUGAUCAUGGAGUUCCCGAUGAUUCCAGCGAUUUCCUAGAUUUUGUGUGUCUUGUGCGAAAGAAGAGGGCUGGCAGAGAAGAACCUGUUGUUGUUCAUUGCAGUGCUGGGAUUGGACGGACAGGAGUUCUUAUCACUAUGGAGACAGCUAUGUGUCUCAUCGAGUGCAAUCAGCCUGUUUAUCCGUUAGAUAUUGUAAGAACCAUGAGAGAUCAAAGAGCCAUGAUGAUCCAAACACCGAGUCAAUACAGAUUUGUAUGUGAAGCUAUUUUGAAGGUGUAUGAAGAAGGAUUUAUUAAACCUUCACAAGCAUAAGUAAAGAGCAAAAAACCUAGGAUCAGUUGGGGGGAUCCUGUCCUCUAUAAUGAACUGGCAGCAUUCUUUGUGCCAUAAUACUGCUUGCAGGAAACGAUAGUGAAGUACAGCAAAGAAUUGACAAAGGACUUUGAAAACUUCAGCACUGUUGCACUUUACGUUGAAACAAAAUCAGUCUCUGAAACUCUUCUAACCUUCAUCAAUGUUUGAAGACUUUAUUUUCGUGCUUUGCUCCGAACAACCCAUAAACUCAAAGAACUAAUUGUGUUCAGGGUAAUCUACGAUAUUUCAUUGUAGUGCCAUAUACUGUGCUUCUGGUUGAAUUGCUACAAACAAGGCUUGGAAUUAUUUCACUCUGUUUUACACCCAUGUCUCUUAAAAUGAAAAACAAAUGAAAAAAUACACUAAGCCAUGGUCUUUUUCCAGUGCUAGGUUUAUUUACUAUGUACAGACUCUCACUGUUUCAUUUUUUACAACAGUAGCAAUAUUGCCGAUACUAGAUAGAUACACACUGCCUACUGAUGCAGCACACCUUGUCCUACACCUUUACUAGAGACCAGCUGGUUGUUAGAGGAAAGCUGGCGUCUGUGUUAACCCAGCAGUAGCUGCAUAACGCCCACUUACCAGCAUCUUGUACAAA